CUUACUUGAACUUAAACCGAAAGAUCCCUUACAAGAGUCUAGACCAGUGUGUGAAAUAAUAAUUGCCAUAUCAAUAUGUUAUCUCAGUCGACUGUCCUCAGUUAAAAAGGAUGCAGGAUAUCACCUUGGACUCCCUUGUAGAAGAGACUAUUGCCAAACACCCAGAUAGAAGGGCUGUCCGGUUUGAUGAUGGUCAGACACAGAAGCAACUGUCAUAUGAUCAACUUGGGGCUUUUGCUCAAAAGGUGAAGCAGUCUCUGGCCAAGUAUGCUGGGGAGUUUCUGGGUGUAUGUAUGAAACAUGAUGUCAACAUGCAUGCAGUUCUUCUUGGGAUUUUACAGGGCGGUGGUGCCUUCUACAACUUCAAUGUUGAGGGGUUUGGCUAUGCUGUCCAAGUCCUUAAGGAGAUAGGAGCUAGGGCAUGCCUUGUCCACAAAGAAUUUGAGCAACAGUUUGAUAAGUUUCAACAACAAAAUUUCAAAAUUAAGAAAAUAAAGCUGAGGGAUCCUGACCUCAGCCAGUUCUAUGUCAUAGAGUUCCAAGGCAGGGGAAAGGUGAUCCAUCGUCAUGAGGCUGACUAUGCAUACUGCAUCACCACAUCUGGGACCACGGGGAAACCCAAGACUGUCUGGGUGCCACAUGACUGUGUUGUGCCCAAUAUACUUCAUCUCAGGGAAAUAUUUGGCCUUACACCUGAGGACACAUUCCUCUGUGCCACAUCACUGACCUUUGACCCUGUGAUGAUAGAACUAUUUACGUCUCUCAGUGUGGGGGCGUGUCUUCUUGUUGUGCCACCAAAGGUCAAGGUCAAACCUGAUCUAUUUAUAGACAUCAUCUGCCAGAGAAACAAGGUCACUGUGAUGCAGACUACACCCUCAGUUCUGUACCAAAUCAAGGGAGAUAAGCUGAGAAAUGUUUUACUUGGUAGUAAGACUAGCCUUAGAGUUCUUGCCCUUGGUGGAGAACAUUUUCCUGCCUAUGACUGGAUACUGAGACAUAGAGGUGCUGACAACAUGACAAGGUUUUUCAACCUGUAUGGAAUCACUGAGCUGUCAGUUUGGGCAACAUGCUAUGAAGUUACAAAAGAGGAUUUCAGGGAACACACCAUUGCCCCUGUAGGAUCUCCCCUGGCCCAAACCGACCUGCGGGUAGAAAAUGUACAAAAACAGGGAACCAAAUCUGUUGGAGAACUUGUCAUUGAUUGCAUCCAGAGAAGAUGCAAAGUGAGUGGGUCGUUCCAAAAGUCUCUAGCUACUGGGGAUUUUGUUGAGAUAGAUGAGCAGGGGAACUGGUUCUACCAAGGGAGGGCUGACUUACAAGUAAAGAGAAAUGGGAUCAGGAUAAAUCUACAGGAAAUAAACAUGGUAACUCAAACAUGCCAGUUUGUUGGAAACAGUGCCUCUUUCAUGCUCAAAAAGACUGAGAAACUAGUUCUUGCUGUUUCUCCUGCAAAUGGCGAUCAAGAAGAAAUAAGGGAGGGAACUCUGGAACACUUAAAGAGAAACCUGCCUUCCCACUGGAUUCCUGAUGAUGUAUUUCUCAUAGAUUACAUCCCUGUCACAGAUCAUGGCAAAGCAGAUAUAACACAGCUUGAGAAGGCAUAUUUGACAGUUCGGUCAAAAUUCAUCCAAGAUUUUGAUGUCGUGAAACUAUUGUCAAACACCUGGAUGGAAAUGCUGAACUUGACAGCCUUAUCUUCUUUAGAGACUAGCAACUUUAUUGAUGCUGGUGGUACCUCUAUCAAAGCUGUUCAUCUUCAAAAUCUUAUGGAAGAGAAAUUAAAAAUAAGACUACCAUUCUUCAUAGACAUUCUAGUAAAUAAAUGUUAUACAGAUGUUAAGUCCUAUUUGGUUGCUGCUCAAAGAAAUGCUUCAGAGAAAUGUGAAAGCAUCUUCAAUGGUAAAAAAUUUGUGAAAACUAAAGGCAAAGAAGUAGAAACAUACAUUGAAGUAGAUAAAGACAUUAAAGUAGAUACCAGGGAAGAAACUAUUAAUGAUGAGGCAACAGACAAAGACAAUGAUAUUAAUAUAGACCAUAAACUAAAAGUAGAUAACAAGAAAGAAAUAUCUAUAGAUAAAAACGUAGACAAAGCCAAACAAAAAAGUAAAGACAUUGAAUUAAUUAUUGACAAGGAAGUGAACUUCAUUUACUCUGUAAGUAAAGGAAACUGCUAUCAACGGGUAAGAAAAGAAAUUGGAGUAUUUAACCCAGUUGUUGAAAAGUUGCCUCUAGAAGUAAAGAAUGGUUGUGAACACAUACAGCUUGAACCAAUCUGGAAGUUUGAUACUACCAAGUGUGUGGAUGCUGCUGCUCUCAUUGCUGUGGGACAAGAAAGGUCUUAUGUUUAUGUGGGAUCUCACUCAUACCAAUUCACCUGUUUAGACCUUGCAUCAGGGGAGGUAAUUUGGGCAAUAACUCUGCCAUUCAGGAUAACAAAGGAAGCUACUCUCAGUCUCUGUGGAAGAUGGGUGCUUGUUAGCUGCACAGACGGCUACCUGUAUGUGUUCUGUGCUGUGGCAGGGGAGAUAACUUGGCAGUUUAACUCUGGCGCAGCCUGGUUAUCUACCCCAGUUGUGGAUGUGAAAUCUGGGCAUGUGUAUGUGCGGAACUGCUUGAACUGGUUCUUCUGUCUUUCUGUAGAGAGUCAGGUUGUGAUGUGGAGUAGGACACUUGACCUCCCUGGGAGUAGCCAUGCAGCAGUUAGCUACAACCCUCACCAGCUCUACUUCAUAAGCUCAAAAGAUGGAAUGCUGUGCUGUCUUCAUCCAGUAACUGGUGAGACAGUGUGGCAGUAUUUGGUUGGCCAGACAGUUCUUGAAGCUCCAGUUAUUACCUCUCUUGGGAUUCUAGUUUCCUGUGCAAAGUCACAUGUCUUCUUGGUGGACUUUUCUGGAAACUUGAUACAUAAACACAGCUUUGAAGAUCACAUGUUGCAUCAAUUCACAAUUAUGACCAGCUACCAGAGUAAUACAUCUAUGAUGAAAGAUAUGGCCCAAGACACAUUAUUAUUAAGGGUCUUCUUUGGGAGUUCAGUUAAUGGCCCCAAAGAUGAAGAUAAAAAGUUUUUCAUCAACUGCUUUGACAUAAAUAAAGGAACUUUGAUAUGGAGGCAACCGGUUUUGUCAAAAAUUGCUUCAAUGCCGUUUCUGUGUUUGUCUGAACUUCAGCCAAGUGAAUGUGAAAGUAAUUGUUCAAAGCCUAAAAAGCCCAAAACAGAAAACAAAACAGAUUGUGUAUCCUCCUUAGUGUUAAAAACCUCAGAUCCAAGAACUUUGCUUUUUGUAACACAGCAAGCAGGGUGUGUAUGGAUAUUUGAUGCAGACACAGGGGAUGUGCUGUGUCAUAAGAUGUUUGGUAAUGAGAUAUGGUCAGCCCCUGUGGUCCAUAACAGCAGGGUUGUGUUUGGGUGUAGGGACAACUUUGUUCACUGUCUGAGUGUCACCUAGGUUGAGUUAAGUGUCAUACAAUAUAGAGUGAAAAAAUCAUGAUUAAUGUUUUACCUUACUGAUGAUGACAUUCUACCAAAAAUGUUUUGAAAAUAAAAAUUUGAAACUAA